GAAGUUCGCAUACGAGUUUGUCAGUCACUCGAUCAUAUCCACCGAGCAGGUCGGUUAGGUGACGGUGAAGCUCCUGGCACCAGCCGGUUGUGACGGUGAAUAUAUGAACAGUGAUGAGGCCGCCAGCACCACACACACCUGUCUCACCGUUCACUAUGGACAAAAUGGCCCUGUGGCUCCUACUCCUCCCACUCCUCGUUGUCUCAACACCUGCUGAUGUUAGCCUCCCACCCCAGGUAUUCUCAACACCCGCAACAACUGCUGUUGAUGGCUACGUUCACACAAAUACAACUUUUACAAGACAACAACACCAACAUGUUAAAUCGUCUUGCCAACACCAAACAGGUGACGGCCAUCUGCAUCCUGGCUGCCACCAGCUGCCCUGUCACAUACUCAAUACCUCUAAGGCGCUGCUCCUCCCGGCCGUAGUCAGCCUCGAGGUCCCGAACCAGAAAACGAAGUGGAACCCAAGACUCUUAUUUGUGGAUGAUCGCGGUCAUGGUCAAGGCUGUGUUGACUUGCUGGUACACGAGGGAAAUAUAUCACUCCAGACGAAGCGUCAGUGUAGUGACUCAAUUAUGGACUUUGCCAUUGUCCCAUUAACACUGUUCACUGAAGACACGUGGAUACAUUUCCAAGCGGUCGUCAUUGGUAAUAAGAUGAAGUUAAUGUUAUGUUUGCCUGGACGCAAGAGGAACUUAGUGACGCUUCCCUCUGCUGCAACACAUGUUCAAGUAUUACGAAUGACUUGGUUUGGCUAUUCCAGCUUGGAUACCAAAAGUCAGAGAUCAACAACACACUCUCCUGAGCCCAGUGUGACGAAUGUCAGCAGCUCUCGUGGUGUGGGUGGCGACGGCCGCGAGCAACACCAGGUGCUGCUGCAGGUGGACGCGGGCCUGGUGGCGGCGGCCGCCUGCCUCAGUCUGGCCAUGUUGCUCAUCACCUUCUCUCUGCACCAUUAACAUUACUUGCAACACUCAAAAACUUAUCAGUGUUACUUGCUCCAAGUGAUUAUGGCGGCAACAUGUGCAUUUAUAUGUAUGUAUCAUGUACGUUAACUCAGCUUUAUUUUACCACUAAAAUUCAUAAUUUAUAUAUUUCAUAAAAAUAUAAACAAGAAAUUUAAUUA